CCAAUUCAGGGCUCUGACCAGUCAGUCGCCUUUGAUUAUCAGUUGCCAGCAGCCCCUCUCUUGGCUCCUUGACAUGAGCUCCAUAUAAGGCAGCGAUCUCCAUAGAAACGUGUCAGUUUCAAUAGUAGUGUCAAAGUUCACUAUAUACAGACAUUCGCGCAGAUCCCCCUUUCGGAAACAUUGCUCUGCUAGGCUUCCCGUUUAAACGCAUUCAUUUUUUGGGUCUCUCUCUCUCUCUCUCUCUCCCCCUCUCUCUCUUCCUCUCUCUCUCUCUCUCUCUCUCUCUCUCUCUCUCCCUCCUUUCUUGCAUAUUCUAUUAGUUGUUUUUUUCUUCCUCUCCCUCUUCUCCCUCUUCUCCUUCCUUUUCUUCUUUUUUCCACCCUUCCUCCCAGUGUCUUUCGCUUCAUUCCUGCAGAAGAGAGGUGAAACUAAAAAAAAAAAAAAAAGAGAGAGAGACAGGGGGGGAAAAAAAUCCCAGAGAGAGAGAGAGAGAACGCGUUCACCUCUUCAUGCCAGUAUUAUUAUUCUUUUCUUUUCUUUUUUACCAUUAUUGUCUAUUUUUUUUUAUUUCGGGGGUGGGUUUUGCUUCUGCCUGAUGAGUUUUUGUCUCUGAAAUACUUUUUUUUUUUAAUGAUUCUUAUUCUUAUUUAAUCAAACAAGAACCUUUUGGGGGGGGGGCGAUCUCCAGUGGCUUUGGGAACCGGCACCGGGUGUUGUGAGCGGAGCAGAAGGAAGGGACGAGAAAGAGGAAAAAGAAGAGGAUUUAUUUAUUCGACCUACUUUGGAUCUCUCUUUUUUCUGCGGGUGUCAUUAUUAUUCAGCUGCUUCUUUUUUUUUUUUUUUUUGCUCGACUCUUCGCCGUGAAUCCGGCUCCUCUGCGAAUUAGUCACCUCCAGUGCUUUUUGUGUCAUUCUUCGUCUUUUCCGAAAAGACCCAGAGAGGGAGAGAAACGACCGGCCACAAGAGCAGCAACAACAACACAAAAUCAAACUGUCUAAUCUCCGAGCCCUCCUCGCUCGCGCUUCCCAAGACUGGUUUCCUGAAUGGCUGACUGCGUUGUGCCCUGGACCUGGCCCCCGGACACUCUCAUCCCUUGAUCGCCAGGAGCUUUCUCCUCUCUCCCAGCCCCGCGCCCCCAAAAGCGCCGGCAGCGGCGGCGGCAGCGGGGGGGAGCUCCAGCGGCACCAGGACCGGCCGGGCCCCGGCAGCGAGCAGCGAGCGGCGGCGGCGGCGGCAGCCCGACCUCCUCCUCCUCCUUCUCCUCCUCCUCCUCCUCCUGCUUCCUCUAUGUCUGCACAUCCUUUGCACUCCUAGCGCUCGGACUGUGUGUGGCUGGUGCGUGCUCUGUGUGUGUGUGUCCGGCGAUUACCUCCCCAGUGUGACUCUCCUGAAUGCCUCUCCUAGCCGCCUGGUUUGCCGUGUCUGAUUUUGCAACUUGAAAGUGGAGGGGGGGGGGAAAGGAGCAAAUCUCGGUCUCGCUUUCUAGCUAUUGCCAGGGAAAAGAGGGGGGGACCCCCAGAAGCCCUGCUUUUCCCCCCUCCCCCCGCAAAACCCAGGCAGAGAGAGAGGGAGAGAGAGGGAGAGCCAGAGGAGGGGGGCUGCAAAAAUCAAGAAAACGGCAGCGCCGGCUCCAGCCCCAAGAAACAGCAGCAGCAGCAGCACAAGGGCAGCAGGAGCAGCAGGAGCAGCAGCAGCAGGCGCUGGAGCAGAGGCAGCCGCAGCCACGAUUGCUUCUCUCUCGUCUCUCCCCCAAACCCGAGCCACCCACCUCCCCCCUCCCCCCUCCUCUCCCAGGCAGCCCUCGGCGAGAAGCUCCGCUCCCCAGCACUUUUUGGGCCCGAGAUAUGGCAAUGGUAGUUAGCAGCUGGCGAGAUCCGCAGGAAGACGUGGCCGGGGGCAACCCGAGCGGCCCCAACCCUGCAGCUCAGCCGGCCCGGGAGCAGCAGCAGCAGCAAGCGGCCUCCGCGGCCCCGCACACCCCCCAGACCCCCAGCCAGCCCGGCCCCCCGUCCACCCCGGGCACGGCCGGGGACAAGGGCCAGGGCCAGCAGGGCUCGGGCCAGAGCCAGCAGCACAUCGAGUGCGUGGUUUGCGGGGACAAAUCCAGCGGCAAACACUACGGGCAAUUCACCUGCGAGGGCUGCAAAAGUUUCUUCAAGAGGAGCGUCCGCAGGAACUUAACUUACACAUGUCGGGCCAACAGGAACUGUCCCAUCGACCAGCACCACCGCAACCAGUGCCAGUACUGCCGCCUCAAGAAGUGUCUCAAAGUGGGCAUGAGGCGGGAAGCGGUUCAGCGAGGAAGGAUGCCUCCAACCCAGCCCAACCCAGGCCAGUACGCGCUGACCAACGGGGACCCUCUGAACGGGCACUGCUAUCUGUCGGGAUACAUCUCCCUGCUGCUGCGGGCCGAGCCCUACCCCACCUCCCGCUACGGCAGCCAGUGCAUGCAGCCCAACAACAUCAUGGGCAUCGAGAACAUCUGCGAGCUGGCCGCCCGCCUGCUCUUCAGCGCCGUCGAAUGGGCCCGCAACAUCCCCUUCUUCCCCGACCUGCAGAUCACCGACCAGGUGGCCUUGCUGCGGCUCACUUGGAGCGAGCUCUUCGUGCUCAACGCGGCGCAGUGCUCCAUGCCCCUGCACGUCGCCCCUCUGCUAGCCGCCGCCGGCCUGCACGCCUCGCCCAUGUCCGCCGACCGGGUGGUGGCCUUCAUGGACCACAUCCGCAUCUUCCAGGAGCAGGUGGAGAAGCUCAAGGCCCUGCACGUCGACUCGGCGGAGUACAGCUGCCUCAAAGCCAUCGUCCUCUUCACAUCAGAUGCCUGUGGCCUGUCAGAUGCUGCCCACAUCGAGAGCCUGCAGGAGAAAUCUCAGUGCGCCCUGGAGGAGUACGUGCGGAGCCAGUACCCCAACCAGCCUAGCCGCUUCGGGAAGCUGCUCCUGCGGCUGCCUUCCCUGCGCACCGUCUCGUCGUCAGUCAUCGAGCAGCUCUUCUUCGUCCGCUUGGUAGGUAAAACCCCCAUUGAAACCCUCAUCAGAGAUAUGUUACUGUCUGGGAGCAGCUUCAACUGGCCUUACAUGUCCAUCCAGUGUUCCUAGAGCCCGGCCUCCACCCCCAUAGGGACCCUGAGGACCAGCACCCACAGGAACACACGACCCGCGAGCAGUCGGGGUGCAGAGAGGGGGGAACAGAGGACACAAAAAAAAAAAAACAAAACAGAGAGAGAGAGAGAGACAAUGAACAAAAAAAUACAUGCAUAAAGACUUGCGUAGGAUCAGCUCUGUCACCCUGGGUGAAAGGAACAGGAAGGACCUGGUGUCUGUGGAAAAUGUUGGGGACAGACAUAAGAAUAAACAUAAAUAACUAAAAGGACCGAGGGGAUUUUAAUCAAGCCAGAAGGAGAAUAAUGGAUCUUCCAGGAUUUAUUGUGGACUGAUGUGGAUAUAUUCUGUACAGAAACAAACACUGAAGUUGAACUGAAUCUUGUGUAGAAAAAAGACAAAACAAAAAAAAAACCCACAAAAAAACAAACACACAAACACUUACCACGAACAUUGUUAUUCAUUUUGUAAAAUAUUAGUCUUUAUUUUCUUUUUUUUUUUUUUUUGUAAAACUUAAAACAUCGUAUGCGCAUAAAGGAAAAAACAAGAAACAAGAAUUAGGGGAAAAUAACAUUUUCCAAAUAAUUAUUAAAAAAAAUGUCCUGUGUCUAUGUA